GACCGUUUUGAUCUCUCUGUUGAGUAACUAACUGCUCUGUCUGCAGGUCCACUCAAACGCUCUUCCAGUCAGCUGUGAGAUUAGUCAGUCCACUCACUGCACUGCACUGCCUGCUGACUGCUGGAGCACACCACUGAGGCACUGCAGAGAAGGAACAUGAAUGAUAACACCCAGUUGUCAAGACUCCCCGUGGUGGAAGGUUCCUAGUCCCUGGGGAAAGUUCCUGCCAUGGAAGCGGCUAAGGAUGAAGAGGUGCUGAAGCAGAUUGAGAGGGAGGUGCGGAUGCGGGAGGGGGCCAGUAAGCUACUGGCAGCUUGUUCCAGGAGAGAGCAGGCCCUGGAGGCCUCCAAGAGCCUGCUUACCUGCAAUGCCCGGAUUCUGGCCUUGCUCAGCCAACUACAGAGGAUGAGGAAAGCUCAAAUCCUACAGAGAGUGGGGCGCAGGCCAUCUGAAGACUUAGUGUCAUGUAUGGGAAAAGUAGCCUUUUCAGACCUGCGAAUCCCACUGAUGUGGAAAGACUCAGAGUACUUCAAAAACAAAGGAGAGCUACAACGCUGCGCUGUGUUCUGCCUGCUUCAGUGUGGCACAGAGAUCCAUGACACUGAUCUGGUGAUGGUAGACAGGACUUUAACUGAUAUCUGUUUUGAAGACACUAUCAUUUUCAACGAGGUAGGUCCAGGGUUUCAGCUCCGGGUUGAGCUGUACAGCAGUUGUGCUGUUGAGGGUUUCUCACCGGCGGCUCUAGGACCCAGGAGACUGAGCCGUCUGGGUGGCUCUCUGGGAUGCUCCUCUGGGACGAAGAUCCGUGCUGCGUUUGAGUCUGCAACUGGUUGUGGAUCCUGUGGAGAUGUAGGACCUAGACGUGUGUCACCACCUUUAUCCCCUGACCUGUCUACACUGGGGCCUAAGUAUAACCUGCUGGCUCACACAACACUGAGAAUCGAACACGUCCAGGACAGUUUCAAGACACAUGAUUUGUCACUAGCAGCAACAGAGGAUAGUCCAUUCUGGUUGCCUCUGUAUGGCAAUAUGUGCUGCCGCCUAGUUGCUCAGCCUCUGUGCAUGAUUCAGUCAGUCAUAAGUGGCCAACUCAAGGUUAAGCUUGAAGAGGACCUUAAUUGCUGGCAAAAUGUCUAUGGCAUCCUCAGGGGGCAAAGUCUUCUCUGCUAUCAGAAUCAAGAAGACCUGGAGUCUGAGGACAAGCCAUUACUUGUAAUCCACAUUAGAAAGGAUACCCUUGUCUGUGUGUCAGAGAGAGAUUCUGCCCAUGGCCGGAAUAUAUACAUCAGUACACAGCGUCAAGGAGAGGACGUAACCUACAUGCUGACCACGCACACCCCUGAAGACACACAGCGCUGGGCCGAGGCCCUCUGGCAGCACGUCUAUAACAUGAGCCAGUGGAACCAGUGUUGUGAUUGCCUCAUGAAGAUCGAAAUGCUGAGUUCCAGCAAACCCAUAGCAGUAAAGCAGGGAUCGCUCUACCACGAAAUAGUAACACCCUCCGCCCCCAGAGAGGGUCUUGUGGUUCCAGAUUUAUCUGUUGAGAUCCGCACUUUGCUUUCUUCCUACUACAAGGAAAGUUAUUGAUGACCCUGCCACAGUCGCACUGGAGGGGUGACGACCUGUCCUUAUUCUAUUCGUUAGUGGUCACUACGCCUGGUCAAGGAAACUGACAUGGACAUGAUAAAUGGUGCUAUUUCAAAAUCCGCAGAGGACACAUUCUUCUACACAAUCUCCUACCUCGCCUCCAUGGAGCUAAACUGUUAACCCAACCAACCAAUAUUUACACCGAUCAGCCAUAACAUUAUGACCACCAUAAUGUUAUGCAGCCCCUUAUGUAACAAACUGCCCUGUGUGUUCUGACAGCUCUCUAUCAGAAGCAGCAUUAACUUUUUCAACAGUUUGAGCUGUGGCUCAGAGGCAGAGCGGGUUGUUCCUUAAUGGGAAGGUUGUGGGUUCGAUCCCCGGCUCCUGGUGCCACAUAUAGAAGUAUCCUUAAGCAAGAUACUGAACCCCAAAUUGCUCCAGAUUCAGUGCAUCGGUGUGUGAAUGUGUAUGAAUGUAAGUUUCUGUUCGAUGGACUUUGCCAUGACUCAGUGAAUGUGUGUGAAAGGGUGAAUGUGGCACGUAGUGUAAAAGCGCUGUGAGUGGUCAGAAGACUAGAAAGGCGCUAUACAAGUACAGGUCCAUUUACGGGCCAGCCCCACGUACAUCAGUGAGUCCCAUGACCUCCGGUCUCCGGUUCACCACUGUUCCUUCCUUGGACUGCUUUUGAUAGGUACUGACCGCUGCAGACCGGGAACACCCCACAAAAGCUGCAGUUUUGGAGAUGCUCUGACCCAGUCGUCUAGCCAUCACAAUUUGGCCCUUGUCAAAGCUGCUCAAAUCCUCACGCUGCCCAUUUUUCCUGCUUCUAACACAUCAAUUUGAGGACAAAAUGUUGACUUGCUGCCUAAUAUAUCCCACCCACUGACAGGUGCCAUGAUAAUGAGAUAGUCAGUCUUAUUCACUUCAUCAGUCAGUAGUCAUGAUGUUAUGGCUGAUCAGUGUUUACAUGUGCAGUAUUACGAAGUGUUUGUUGGAGGUGACAUUCCUUUUCCUACUGCUGCAGCUUCACAUUAAAAACACUUAACUGGCGAAAGACAAGUUGACUCUUUUUAUGAAGCAAGCACAGGUAAUGUGCUAGUCAGUGAGCUCAGUGACGCUAUCGUUCAUCAAAAAUACGUCUACAAAAGAAACCAACGGUCAUUUUUUGACAGCGGAUUAGUUUGAAAUAUUGCAGGGAUUAAUGAAACAAAAAUGAGCAGCCACAGUGAGGUGCCUGAUGAAGAGCUGCAGGCGACAGGCUGCACACCUCCAACCUCUCAGCGAAGUAACCAACUGCUUUCACUCUGCCCUGCUGUUCACAAGGUCAUGCUGUAAAGAAUUACACAGCUCAUAGUUGCUCAUAGAAUGAUGGAAAAGGCCAAUUACUGCCU